AUGCAUGAACAGCGUAAAGUUCGUGGUCGCAUUAACGUAGUUAUCCGCAAAGGAGCCGGUCCGGAACUCGUGGCCGCCCUCGCGGAUUAUAAGGUUUUGGAAUCCGAGGAAAUUCUAGUAACGGAGCCAUAUAAUCUUAAUGCAAAAAUCAUUAUACACGUGGCUAUACUAACAUGCGUAAAGACGAAGUCGGAUAUGAAAAAACGUCAUGACGUCCUAAGAGGUUUGUAUAAAAGUAUCGUCGAAACUGCGGUUAAUUAUUGGGACCCGGAUGUUAGUAGCGUCGCUCGGAUUCUUUGUCCUGUCCUUAGAAUAUCGAAGUAUAGAUGGGCUAUGGACGCCGGAGCCUAUUCUACCCUUCUCGGUAUACGAAUGGCUUUCGAGGACUCUAAUAACGAUGAAAUACCAUUCGAUAUCUUACUCGUCGUGCCAUUAGCGGAGGAUAUGCUUAAUAUUACACCUGUUAUCUAUAUUGUAUUCCCGUCGAUCGAAACGCGCGCCAUUAAGUUUCCAGUUUACACUAACCGUACACGUUUCGUCGAGGAUACAAUUAGGGAUAACGUUACACAUGGUCGAGCCGUGGUAGCCCGUCCUCUAGUAACCGAUAAACCAUCCCCCGCGAAGAAGAAGAAGAAGGGUUCUAAGACUAAAAAUGCCGCCGAUCCUAUUAUAAGUGAGACCGGUAAAACGUCUAAGACCGCACCGCUACUUAAGAAUAGUGUAGUAGUAAAAGAGCCGACUAUAGAAACGCUACACCCUACUACGGAACUAUCUUCGGUAAAGGAACCCAAAGAUAAUACUAAUAAUUUAGGUUCUAUACCUCCGCCUGCAGAUGGCGAACUUCCUAAUAAUCCGGACUCCGAACCCGAUACCUCUAACUUGCUACCACCGCGAACACCGUCAAAAUCCAAAGCCCGGAAAUUCUGGUUAGCUGCAGCGGAGAGAAUUUCGCGUCUCGAGAAUCAAGCUCGCCAUAUAGAAGUCGACGAGAGUGACGAAGAGGAUUUAUUACGUCGCAUGAAGCCGCCAGCCGAUACCGCCGAAAAGUCUUCUAUAGCCGAAGUAACUAUAAGGAAGAAGCGUAUAGCGUCGUACAGCGAUUUAAGUAAGGCCGUUAAGCGCGUUAAACUUAGUAACGAGAUACUAGAGGAGGCACUAGAAUUGGCGAUUAUAGACGCCUCUAAGGUUUUGGAUGAUGUGCCCGAUAACACCACACGGAUAAACUCCCUAGACCCCCUCGUAGACUCUAGUACUAUUUCUAAGGAACGUGUGGAAUCGCCGAUUCCAGGACCUUCUACGGACCUUAACCCUCCUCCUGUUUUUCCUUUAAUCACGCUAACCAUGCCGACCAUUACUACCACGUUAUCGCACACAUCUCCCGAGGGCACUAAUGCUAUCGCAUUAGAUGGUGAGGUAUCUCGCUAA